AUGACACUCGACCACAAGCCGGAUGAUGUCGACAGCGAUGCAGGAGAUCUGCGCACACUAUUUGAUGAGCAUCCCAUCCCAGUCAUAUCUCCAAAGACAGUUAGCCUGAUCUCUUUCAAAACACAUGACGAACUCGAGCAAGCCUCUAUUGUCGUAGAUGCAUUCAACGUUGCCUUGGCCAACAAUGAUGCUAUCGCUCUUCAGACGUGUUUCUUCCCCGCACAAGGUUACUGGAAGGACUCGUUGGCUUUAACAUACCAUCUGCGUACCUUUCGCCGUCCAAAAGUCAUUGCCAAGAGUCUUCUUGAAACAAAAGAGGCUAGGAGAUGCAAAGAAGCUUGGAAGUUGGAGGGAGCUGUGUUUGUCCCUGCGACACCUGUUCUUCAAUUCAUCGACGUGUCCCUUUCUUUCAGAACUGAGUCGCCUGCAGCUUCUUGUAGCGCAAGAGUCCUUCUUCUCCCUACCGAAAAUAACAAUGGAGAAAUCGAAUGGAAGAUAUGGAUUCUAAGUACAAACUUGGAGAACCUUGAUAUCCACCCAGAAGACACUUUGCUUCUGCAGAACCCUAGCCGUAGCCUUGAUGGCAUGAAAACAAUUGAGACGGGUGUAUUUAUAAUUGGUGGUGGAAAUAGCGCCGCUGCCCUCUCAGCCCGUCUCAAAGCCUUUGGCGUUGAGAGUAUCAUGGCAGAGCGGAAUGCCAACAUUGGGGAUAAUUGGGCUUUGCGAUAUGACUGCAUGAAGUUUCAUGUUCCGACUUCAUUUGCCGAAAUGCCUUAUAUGAAUUAUCAAGACGAGUUCCAAGGAGAUCAUCUCCUCAGUAAAGACGAAUUGGCUGAUCACUUGCGACGCUUUGUGUCUCGUUUCAAUCUCAACAUCAUCACUUCUGCCAAGAUACAGUCAACCACUUACAACAAGCCGAGCAAGAAAUGGAAGAUCAAUGUCGAAACACCUACCAAGAUUAUUACUGUAACCGCAAAGCAUGUGGUUCAGGCCACUGGCAUUGGAUCGCAAAAGCCACAUGUUCCCAUAAUAGCGAACGCACAUGACUACAAAGGCAUCGCCAUCCAUUCUUCUGAUUAUAGGAAUGGUCAACUCUUGGCAAACCAGGGUGUCAAGUCCGUUCUUAUCAUAGGCUCAGCAAAUACAGCCUUUGAUAUCUUGGAAGAUUGCCAUGCCGCCGAACUCGAAGCAACAAUGAUUGUUCGAUCUCCAACCUACGUCGUCCCGUUGGAGUACAUAAAAAACAAAAGAAGUCUCGGUGCCUACGACUUUGGUGUCGCAGCCGCUGAUAGGAUGUUCCUCACACUACCGACAGAGAUAAGUGGUCAAUUGGCCCGCAAUCUCUUUCGUAUGCUAGCAUCACAAGAACCAGACCGCUACGCUGCGCUACAAAAAGCAGGUUUUCCUGUUCUUGAUAGCGCUGAACCUCGGCAAGCGCUGCACUCUAACCUGGUUGAGAGAGCGGGUGGACAUUAUGUUGACACUGGCGGAACUGAGUUACUGGCACAGGGUAGGGCUGGCGUCAAAGCAGGAGUUGAGCCCGUUGCUUUUACAGGGACAGGUUUGAUAUUUUCAGAUGGAAGCACAACUGAUGCAGAUGCUGUGAUAUGGUGUACGGGGUACGCUGACCAUGAUGUUCGUAACAUGGCAGUCGAGAUUCUCAGAGGUGAUGAGGGAGUUCAUGAUGACAGCACACUGGGCCCUCAGGAGAUUGCGGCUCGUGUCGAUGCAACAUGGGGUGUGGACUCAGAGGGUGAAAUUCGGGGCAUGUGGAAACGUCAUCCACGUCUUGAGAAUUACUGGAUCAUGGGUGGAUUCACACAGCAGCACAGAUGGUAUUCGCGUGUUUUGGCGUUGCAAAUCAAGGCAGCACUUGAAGGUAUCUUGCCCGAGGCUUACCGUGAGAGUUGA